GUUUUUUUAACCUCUUUGAAUUUGGUACUUCCAUUUUGCAAACAGUACAAUAUUUUGAGUGAUUUUGCGCGAGACAACUCGUCUCCACCUUUUGUAAUUUUCCAACUGAGAUUUCUAAAAUAACACCUUUAGGCAUUACGCACUCGAUAAAUUUAGAAUGAGAUUUUACAGCCUUUGGAUUCAAAAAUAGAAAAUAGAAGUGUAAUACGCUCAGCACUGCAUCUGUGUACAGAAGCACGGACUAGAGACUCAAAAUGAUUAAAUAAAAUAGGUUUUAGUUUGUUUUUCUAAUUGUUUUGACAUAAUGUACUUUAAAGUUAGUUUGAUUAUCAGCUUUGUGCUUAUUAAUCUUUUGAAGGGCGAAAGUGACCGACAGAAGCAAAUUUACAAAGUUGGAGGAAUCUUCAGCAAUGUAGAUCAUGGCAUUGCAUUUGAAAUAGCGGCAUUUUCAGCAAACAAUAAGUACCCCUGGUCAGAGAUAGAACUGGUACCAUUUACUCAUAUCAUAGCAUACCAGCAUGCACUUAAAGCAUAUUCUACUACUUGUAAUCUGCUUAGAGAUGGAGUCGCGGGACUAUUUGGACCUAGCUCCGAGUUUUCAUCGGCAUACGUGCAAUCAAUAUGCGAUGCAAAGGAAAUUCCUCAUGUUGAAACUCAUUGUAACUUCAACAUUAGAAGAAAUGACAGUUUAGUGAACCUUCACCCUCAUCCAAGGAGUUUGUCAAACCUGUUCCUGGACCUAGUGGAAGCCUACCGUUGGCAGAAGGUAGUCAUAAUUUAUGACAAUGAUGAAAGCUUAUUAGGGGUCAGCACCAUCCUUGGACUCAAUAAGAAAGAAAAGGUUGUAGUAAUAAAGCAACUUGAAACCCAAGACAGUGGCAACUUCAGACCUGCACUAACUACCAUUAAGGCCACAGGUAACACUGAGUUUGUGCUAGCUUGCUCUAUGGACGUAAUGGAAGAAGUUCUCAAGCAGCUGCAGCAGGUGGGCAUGAUGACUGAUAUAUAUAGCUACAUCAUCACAAACCUUGAUGUACAGACCUUAGACUUAUCACCGUAUCAAUAUGCUGGAACCAAUAUUACUUUGGGAAGAAUCAUAGACCCUGAAGAUACCGAAGUAAUGCAACUGGCAGAAUCAAUCUAUAAGUUUCGGAAAAGUCGUGAGGUCAACACCGAGGAUGAGGUACUAUUUCCUUCUUGGAAAAUGAGAUAUGAAACAGCUCUAAUCGCUGAUGCAGUCCAACUGUUCUAUGAAACGUUGUAUGACCUAACCAUUGAUAAGAAGAAAUCCAUCACUGCUACUCCGUUGUCCUGCCAUGAGGAUAGUAGUUGGAAUGAGGGAUAUACUAUCACCAAUUCCAUGAAAACCAAAUCUGUCAAAGGCCUUACAGGGCUCAUAAGAUUCGACACCGAAGGUUUUCGGAGUGACUUUAACAUAGACAUCAUGGAGCUUUCUUUGGGAGGUCUGAUCACUGUCGGUCAAUGGAAUUCUUUACGAAGAUCUCUGAAUAUUUACAGACCAGAAAAGACAUCUACAAGAAGUGGUGUCGAAAACAUCUUUAAUAGGACUCUCACCGUUAUAAUCACAAUUAGUCAACCUUACGGAAUGCUAACCGAAACAACCACUCAAUUGGUGGGUAAUGACCGUUUUGAAGGUUUCUGCAUAGACGUUAUCAGGGAACUGUCGCAUAUACUAGGUUUCAACUACACCUUUGUGAUCCAGGAGGAUGGUGUAAAUGGCGUUUUCAAUCUCACUACUGGCCUAUGGAACGGAAUGAUUCGAGAAGUUAUGGAGGGGCGAGCUGAUCUAGCCAUAACGGAUCUAACUGUAACGUCUGAAAGAGAAACUGCUGUGGAUUUCACGAUGCCUUUUAUGAACUUAGGCAUAAGCAUCUUGUACAAGAAGCCAGAGCCGGCACCGCCAAGUCUCUUCAUGUUUGUAUCCCCAUUCUCAGCGAUGGUGUGGAUUAUGCUAGGCGUGUCUUAUUUCAUCGUAUCCCUCUGUAUCUUUGUCAUGGGUAGAUUGGCACCAGCUGAGUGGCAGAAUCCUUAUCCUUGUGUAGAUGAGCCAGAAUUUCUUGUUAAUCAGUUCUCUAUCAGAAAUUCGCUAUGGUUCACUAUGGGUGCGCUGAUGCAGCAGGGGUCAGAGUUGGCGCCCAUAUCCAUUUCAACAAGGGCAGCGUCAGGAGUCUGGUGGUUAUUCGUACUCAUCAUGGUAUCAUCGUAUACGGCUAAUCUUGCCGCUUUUCUCACAGUCGAGACACUUGUAACUUCUUUUAAAGAUAUUGAGGAACUUGCUUCACAGGAUGAAAUUAAGUUUGGUGCUAAGAAGGGUGGAGCGACUGCGAACUAUUUUAGAGAUUCCAAUUUAUCAAUCUACCAAAAAGUAUGGAGCUACAUGGUUAAUCAUCCUGAAUUAAUGGUUGACACAAAUGAAGAGGGUGUGAGGAAAGUAGAAACGGAAAACUAUGCAUUUUUGAUGGAAUCAACCACUAUCGAGUACGUUACAGAAAGACAUUGUAGCUUGGCCCAAGUUGGUGGUCUACUAGAUGAUAAGGGAUACGCUAUUGCAAUGAAGAAAGACUCAUCAUACCGGAAUGGCUUAAGCAAAGCUGUACUUCAAAUGCAAGAAAGGGGCAUACUUACUGGCUUAAAAAUUAAGUGGUGGAAAGAAAAACGUGGAGGUGGUAACUGUGCUGCAAAAUCAGAAGGCAGUGAAGCAACCCCCCUAGACCUUCAGAACGUUGGUGGUGUUUUUCUGGUACUAACCAUUGGAACAAUCCUUGGAAUACUCGGAUCUUUCGGAGAAUUGGCGUGGCAUGUCCACAAGAAAUGCAAGCAACAACACAAGCCAUUCAUCCGGAACUUUUUAGAUGAAAUGAGAUUUUUCUUGAAAUUCAAGCAACAAGUUAAAGAAGUUGCGGAGGUUUCUAUCAACGAUGGAAAACCUGAAUCAGCUGAACUUGACAUAUUGAAAAAAUGAGUGUCAAUAGAAUGCUUGGAAAUAGUGUAAACUCUUUUUCUCUGUAUCCAUGUAGUACAUGCGUAACAUUUUCUAAAUUGCAAAACUGAAGCUUCGCGAAAAUCUUUAUAUUUUGAAUAGUCUAUUACUAUCCAUAUGUCAUUUUUAUGGACUAGCAACUUCACAUGGUUUUCUGACUUCACAAUUCCAAGAUGAGAACUCAUCAACUCGAAACUGAGAGAUAGACCAAUUAAGGACCAUAUGCAUUGGGAUAUCAAUUCCUGUGGGAGACACAGCUUAGGUUGAAUCAGGAAAAAGUUGCGUUUUUUGGGGCGUACUUACAUGCCGUUGAGAAACUUGUAGAACUUUGAUGGCUGACUGAUAUAUUUGGGGAAAACUAAAAUUUGGCCAAAUCAUUUUUAUUUUUUUCUGACUUUAUCUUAAGCCGAGUAUUGUUAUUGUGAAUCGUUAAUAUUGCUUUAUUGUCGUCAUAGAUGUCAGGCAGUCAUUUUAGCAAUGAAGAAAAGUUAGACACGCUGAAGUGAUACAUUUUAUGCUACAAAACUACUAAAUUGCUGCAGAAAUGUAUCUUGAUGAAUUUUCCAAAAGAAGCCAGAAGUAAGUCCAUUUUCUUAGAGGUGGCUCGAAAUUCAUGUAAAUGAAUAUGGCCCACUCGAAAAUCGAAAAGUCUGUUUCGUCUCAAAAAAAAUCUUUGGAGAAAUCUCAGAAUAAGGCUUUACAAGCAGUUGCGGAGAACUCAGCUAGGCAAAUUGAGAAAAAUGUAUUUUGCGGAAAAAUAGAUAUCACUCCUAUAAAUUCAUGAUUUACCAAGGACUUAGACAAGAGAACAGAGAACGGCGCCGGCUUUUUUUGUCAGUGGUACACACAAACGGGUGAAGAUGUUAAUUUCCCUUCAAAAAUAAUAUGGACCGACGAGGGUAUGAUCACUAAUAAUGGUACAUUUAAUCGCCGCAACACUCAUUACUGAGCUCAAGAAGAUCUGCGGACUAAAAAAGUAUCCAGACAUCAGAAAUUCUUCGGGUUUAACAUGUUGUGAUCUAGGGACCAAAAUAUUAAGUCCAUUUGUUUACUACAACUCAUUAACUCCAGAACGGUACCUUUAAUUGUUGCAACAUGCCCUAAAGGUCUUUUGAUAGCUGUCCAUUUCACGUAACUCUGGGCAAGCUCGAAAGUACCUUUCUCAGCGAUUUACCGAAAUGUAGAUUGUAACCUCCAGUGGAAUUUCCUGACCAGCGCGUUCCAGGAUUUAACUCCUUUGGCCUUUUUUGUUUGGGGCUCCAGUGAAGGGCAAAUUUAUCAGCAAGCAUACUUUUGAAACUGAUCAGAAGUUACGAGAAUGUCUAAUGGAAGUAGUAUGAUUACACCAGAAAUGUUACGUGAUGUUUUUAAUGCUACUGUUAGAAGAUCAUAUGUUUAGAAAAUAAUGGCAACCUAUUUGAACACAUAUUGUGAAUAAAAUAAAAAUAAUGAUAAAAUUGUAUUCGUUAUUCUGAAUAUCACUAGAUUACGCAUCAAUCUAUAAAAUUUGUCCCCGCCAUAUAUAAUAUGCAUCGCUCAAUAAUCACAUAAUCUUACAUCAAGCAUUUGUUUGCAAGACAUACUUAAAUGAAAUAAGAAAAUAAAAAAACACAUUUUUGUGUACAACUAGGAAAUUAAAUGUUGUCGUUGAAUUGGUAAAAAAAGAUACUGGGUUGUACUUUGUUUCGGACCAUAUAGAAAAAUAAAAGUGAUGAUGGUUUCCAAAAACGGAGCGUCGGCCACAAACUUUAAAAACACCAUUAUGUAGUGCCAAAAAGUGCCAAUGCUUUUUGAGAUCUCCUUAAAUAAGUUCCGAAAAAAAUGAAAACGAUUUGGCCAAAUUUUAGUUUUUCUCGAAUACCAGAAGCCAUGAAAUUUUUACAAGUUUCUCAACGGGAUGUAAAUAUACUCCAAAGAACACAGCUUAUUCCUAAUUUAACCAAAGCUGUAUAUCACACAGGUAUUGAGAUCCCGAUGCAUAGGAUCCUUACCUUGAAUACGUGUAUUAAUCAUGUCCAGACCCAUUUUCCAUUGCAAUCCCGUUUAGUUUAAAAUCUUUGCGCAAGGCUGGUCAGAGGUGGCUUCAAUCCUCCAUGAGGUAAAAAAACUUUGCGCUAGACUGGUCUCAGAUAGUUUCAACCCCCUAUAUAAUAUUACACACUAAUUGGCUUUAAGAAAAAUACAAUUGUUUUCAAGAUCCUACUGUACUUGAAAGAAGUUAGAUGUUGAUAUUCAAUUCUGAUAUACCUAUCGCUUUCUGAUUAGUUAGUUGCCUCUCCGUUGUUCUUUCUUGAAUAAAAAGUUUUUCGAUCCCUUGGCGGAAAGACUGUUUCUCCUAUUUUUUUCCUUUUGUACAUCAGCGACUAUUUUUCUUUUCUGUCUAAAACAUUUCAGGCUUGUGGAAAUUAAUAGUGAAUGGCUGCAAGGACACCAUUAUGCGUACAUACCUUAUACCUUAUCGAUCUAAACCUCCAGUAGAAGAGAGACUGCACAAUAUAAAAGGUACGUACUUUCUGGGAUAAGGAAGACAUGAAAUCGUAUAUGUAUCCAUUAUAUUGCUAGAAGCUUAUAGACGUUACAAAAAUAAAAAAAGGUAACCUAUCGACUAAAAAAAUAUACAAAAUGAGGUAGAACAUAAAUCAGUCCUAUUGUAGAUAUUAGGCAAACAUUCUUUGGAUACAAUGUGUACAAAUGAAGUUAAAUUAAAACCGAAUGAAAACACGUGAGAGGUUUCGGUGAGAUUUGUACAAAUAGAGCAUUUAAAUCCAAAAAUAUACAUAAAAAUAUAUAACAAAAUUGACAUAAAUAUCAAUAGAAGUAUAUAAAUUGCCGAAAAUUUGUACAAUGUUUAAAUUGAUUUCAUUACAG